AUGAGCUACAGGAAUCAGAGGAACUACAGAAGAGCAACAGAAAACAAAGAAGCUACACCAGCCACAAGAGCCACAGGAAAUACAGGAGUAACAGCAGCUAGAGGAGCCACAGGAGUUGAAGGAGCUCCAGGAGCCACAAAAAACAAAGGAGCCACAGGAACCACAGGAAACGAAGGAGCUACAGGAGCCACAGGACCCACAGGAAAUGCAGGAGCCAUAGGAGCAAAAGGAGACACAGGAGCCACAGGAGCUACAGGAGCCAAAGGAGCUCCAGGAGCCACAGAAGACAAAGGAGCUAGAAGAGCCACGGCAGCUACAGGAGCCACAGGAGCAAUAGGAGCUAGAGGAGACAAAGGAGCCACAGGAACCACAGGAGUUGAAGGAGCCACAGGAGCUACAGGCGCCACAGAAGACAAAGGACCUACAGGAGCCACGGCAGCCACAGGAGCCUCAGGAGCUACAGGAGCUACAAGAGCCACAGGAGCUAGAGGACCACAGGAGCCACAGAAACUACAAGAGCAAAAGGAGCUCCAAGGGCCACAGAAAAAAAAGGAGCUACAGGAGCCACAGAAAAUACAGGAGCAAAUGGAACUAGAGGAGCAACAUGAGCCAGAGGAGCCAAAAGAGCUCCAGGAGCCACAGAACAAAAAGGAGCUCCAGCAGCCACAGGAAAUACAGGAGCUAGAGGAGCCACAGGAGACAAAGGAGCCACAGGAACCACAGGAUUUGAAGGAGCUACAGGCGCCACAGAAGACAAAGGAGCGACAGGAGCCACGGCAGCCACAGGAGCCUCAGGAGCAACAGGAGCCACAGGAGCUAGAGGACCACAGGAGCCACAGGAGCUACAAGAGCAAAAGGAGCUCCAAGAGCCACAGAAAACAAAGGAGCUACAGGAGCCACAGAAAAUACAGGAGCCAAUGGAACUAG